AAGCAGAUCUUAUCGUCAAAGCCACUGAUUCCUUUAAAUCAAUCAAACGCUUCAAUCUUCCGGACACACACACGCUCUCUGUUUGGAUCUGUUUCUUUCUCUCUCAAAGAAAUGGCUCUGAGGUCUCUGGAUAAUGCUCUCCCGACAACACUGGAAAGGCCCAAAAAGCAAGCGAAAGUUGCAGUUUCAAUUCAGAAACAGUCUGAUUUUGGUGUGAAUGAUGAGAACAAAGCUCCAUUACCACCAACUGCAGAUGCCACCAUUGACUACAUCUCUUUUGAGAAUCUUAAAGUCAUGCCUGACCCAGAAACCCAGAUAACUGGUUUGACUGAGGGAUUGGAUUCCAAGGAUUGGGCCAAGGUGUGUGAAUCUCUUAACGACGCUAGGCGGUUUGCGUUGUAUCAUUCCGCUCUGAUGGCACCGAUCUUGUAAGGGAAUUUCUAAUUUUGAAAUGUUUUUCGGAAAAUGAAGAUGGGGGUCGGCUGAUGUUUGUGGUGUUUGCAAAGAAAAAGUGUUGUUGGUGCUGGUGAAGGCCAUGAAGAACCCUAGAAGUGCUCUGUCCAAGACCUUUAUCAUGGCUUCAACUGAUAUCUUCAAUACUUUUGGUGAUAAGUUGCUUCCGCCCCACCCCGCCCCGCCCCGACAACACAUACCCGGGUCGGGACGGGCCGGGGAUGGGAUUUAAUUUUAACUC